UCACUUCUCACUGCAAGUAAAAGUAAUCACUCCUACCUCAGUCCGUCAUUACAACAAGCUUCCUACAGCUUCAAAAUAUUGUUCAGCAAGUCCUCGAAAAAAAAAUCAGGAAGAUGCAGCACAUCGGGAGCCUUCUUUUGGCCCUUGCCACCCUCACUGCGGCAGUCCCAGGAAUUGCUCCGGCUAGCGUGAGGACUGCUAAGUCUUCUCACGUUCGCCGCGCCGACACCAGCUCUUUCCAGAUCUACGCUUAUGGCACUGGAAUUGGUGGCCUGGCAUUGUUCACUGCUGGAGGCGAUGCCUACUUUGGAGACUACACUCAGUUCAACGACUCCAAUGCCGCCCCAGUGAUCUUUACCCCUGAAGAAGAUGAUACCGAGACAUGGCUUGGAGCCCCUAAUACCACCGCUGUGACUACUGCUCCUACCUGGUCCAACCUGACCUUCACCAUCCCGACCGCCGACUCAGGCGUGCACAAUGUUGCUUUCCUCAAUAGCAGCGCGCCCACAACCGGCCGCAAGACCAGCGGCUUCAGCUUUUACGGCAACUUUGUGCUGGUCGAGGCCGAGGAUGGUAGCUUUGAGUCUUGGUGGUAUGCUACCGCCACAGACAUCGAUGGCAUCUACAACCUGAGGUGGAAUGAGACCGGCGAUGACACCGAUGACAAGAUCAUCUUGAACCUGAGAAGAACUGCUCCUUCCAACUAGGUUCUCAGCUAUCUUUGGAUUCUGUAUGCAGCUGAUACAAGGCAGGCGGGUGUUAUCUUGCGGUUUGAUAAAUUUUAGCUCCGGUCGCAAAGGUGAUCAUUUCAAGGAGUGAACCUAGUUUCCGCCUAGUAACGGCGCAAAAAUGGCGGAGUGUUUAGGAUGGUGCAGAUAGACUUCAAUUGUUUUCUACAGUAAAUUUAUGACUCUC